CGCGGCCGGGGAGGCGGGACGGGGCGGGGCGCCCGCUGCUUCCCGGCCGCCGCCAUGGCCGACGAGACCCCCAGGAAGGGCGCCCUGUCGGCGCUCGUCGGCCACACCAACGGCCUCACCAAGCCCGCGUCCCUGGCCGCGGCCGCCGUGGCCUCCAAGCCGGGCGGCGCCGGCGGCUCCAAGAAGCUGGUCAUCAAGAAUUUCCGAGACCGACCGCGGCUGCCGGACAACUACACUCAGGACACCUGGCAGAAGCUCCACGAGGCGGUGAGAGCCAUCCAGAGCAGCACCUCCAUCAGGUACAACCUGGAGGAGCUGUACCAGGCUGUUGAAAAUCUCUGUUCUCACAAAGUUUCCCCAACACUCUACAAACAGCUGCGCCAGGUCUGUGAAGAUCAUGUCCAAGCACAGAUCCUUCAGUUCAGAGAAGACUCACUAGAUAGUGUUUUAUUUUUAAAGAAGAUUAACACAUGCUGGCAAGAUCAUUGCAGACAAAUGAUCAUGAUCAGAAGUAUUUUCCUGUUUUUGGAUCGCACUUACGUACUUCAGAAUUCCAUGCUUCCUUCUAUCUGGGAUAUGGGAUUGGAACUUUUUAGAAACCAUAUCAUUAGUGAUAAAAUGGUUCAAAGCAAAAGCAUUGACGGAAUUCUGCUAUUAAUUGAACGAGAAAGAAAUGGUGAAGCAGUGGAUCGUAGUUUAUUGAGAAGUCUGCUGAGUAUGCUGUCCGACCUUCAGGUAUAUAAAGAUUCAUUUGAACUGAAAUUUUUGGAAGAAACUAAUUGUUUAUAUGCUGCAGAAGGCCAGAGAUUAAUGCAAGAAAGAGAGGUUCCAGAAUAUCUUAACCAUGUAAGUAAGCGUUUAGAGGAAGAAGGAGACCGAGUAAUCACGUAUUUAGACCACAGCACACAGAAACCACUGAUUGCUUGUGUGGAGAAGCAGCUAUUAGGAGAACAUUUAACAGCAAUUCUUCACAAAGGGCUUGACCACCUGCUUGAUGAGAACAGAGUGCCCGACCUCACUCAGAUGUACCAGCUAUUCAGCCGUGUGAAGGGUGGGCAGCAGAUCCUGCUGCAGCACUGGAGCGAGUACAUUAAGACUUUUGGGACAACAAUUGUUAUCAAUCCUGAAAAAGACAAAGAUAUGGUACAAGAUCUGCUGGAUUUUAAAGAUCGGGUGGACCAUGUGAUAGAAGUGUGCUUCCAGAGGAACGAGAAGUUCAUCAACUUGAUGAAGGAAUCCUUUGAAACGUUUAUCAACAAGAGGCCAAAUAAACCCGCAGAACUGAUAGCAAAGCAUGUUGAUUCAAAAUUGAGAGCGGGUAAUAAAGAAGCAACAGACGAAGAGCUGGAAAGGAUUCUUGACAAGGUCAUGAUAAUAUUCAGGUUCAUUCACGGGAAAGAUGUCUUUGAAGCGUUUUAUAAAAAAGAUUUGGCAAAAAGACUCCUUGUUGGAAAAAGCGCCUCAGUUGAUGCUGAAAAAUCUAUGUUGUCAAAACUAAAGCAUGAAUGCGGCGCCGCUUUCACCAGCAAGCUGGAAGGCAUGUUCAAGGACAUGGAACUCUCCAAGGACAUCAUGGUCCAGUUCAAGCAGUAUAUGCAGAAUCAAAGUGACCCAGGCUCUAUAGAUCUCACAGUGAAUAUACUUACGAUGGGAUACUGGCCAACCUACACACCAAUGGAAGUGCAUUUAACCCCGGAAAUGAUUAAACUUCAGGAAGUAUUUAAGACAUUUUAUCUCGGAAAGCACAGUGGUCGGAAACUUCAAUGGCAAACUACAUUGGGGCAUGCUGUUUUAAAAGCAGAGUUUAAGGAAGGAAAGAAGGAGUUCCAGGUGUCCCUUUUCCAGACACUGGUGCUUCUCAUGUUCAAUGAAGGGGAUGGCUUCAGCUUUGAAGAAAUAAAAAUGGCCACGGGGAUAGAGGACAGUGAGCUGCGAAGGACAUUACAGUCCCUGGCCUGUGGCAAAGCACGAGUUCUGGUUAAAAGUCCCAAAGGGAAGGAGGUGGAAGAUGGAGACACAUUCAUGUUCAACGGAGAGUUCAAGCACAAGUUGUUUCGGAUAAAGAUCAACCAGAUCCAGAUGAAGGAAACUGUUGAGGAACAAGUCAGCACCACGGAACGAGUGUUUCAGGACAGACAGUAUCAGAUUGACGCUGCUAUUGUCAGGAUAAUGAAGAUGAGAAAGACUCUUGGUCAUAAUCUUCUAGUUUCUGAAUUGUAUAAUCAGCUGAAGUUUCCAGUCAAGCCUGGAGAUUUGAAAAAGAGAAUUGAAUCCCUCAUAGACAGAGACUAUAUGGAGAGAGACAAGGACAAUCCAAAUCAGUACCACUACGUGGCCUGACGUGUCGGCCAGCUGUUUUCUCUCAGCGAGACACUAGAAUGUAUCUUCAGAGCAGUGAAGCACUUCUGUGCUGUUUCCAGGACUUCUGACAUUGAGCCAGCAUGGAGGCUUUGGGAUUAGAAGAAGAGCUGAUUCUCAGAUCGCCCUUUCACAAAGUCUGAGGGUUUGCAAACAGCAUACGCAUCUUUCCCACCAGCCAGCCCUUCCUCUUACUCUUUUUGGUGUUUCAAUCGUUUCUGUUGCCCCAUUGCAGAAUGACUGAGAUUGGACAAGAAGACCUUGUAUAAAGAGGUUUUUCCUUUGU